AUGGCAUGGGAUUCCCGCCGCCGGCGCAUAGCCGGCGCACUAUCAUGGCACAAAAGGGGACACCAUCCCAGUCCCGAAGCUCAGCAAUUUCACGUUCCUAGCUUCGACCCCCAGGAAGUCGAUCCCGAAGUACAGCUGUCCAAGAUGUUGUCCCCAGUCAUGGAGGAAGGCUUUCCUAAUGCCCACGAAGCACCUCUCCAGGUGAAGGUCACUAUCAGAUUUCUGGACCAUGAGGUCCGCUCGGUCUGCAGCCGCAGCUACACAAGCUCGCAACUUUUCGAGCCCACCGAGAGGAUAUGCAAGGGUUUGCUACGCAGAAUAGAGCACUGCUCUGAGGAAUUGAUCACGAGGAAAGACUCAGAUGCCCUCAACCAGCUGCACUGCAUCCGCGAGGGACCUAAGCAGUUGCGGUUCGACAUGCACUUCCGCAUCUACAGGAAAGAGAAGGGCCUAUGGGCCGAGCAGACCUUCAGGUCCUACCAGAAACAGCCCCUGACGGCCGAGAUGACCCACGACGUAGCUCGUUCCACGCAUAGGACCAUCGGCUUGUUUCUGAGACGAUAUGAUGAGCACUUCCAGUGGAUCGACGAGCCCUACAGGGACCUCAUCAAGGAGACGCCAGCUUUGGUAGACCCUUCUCCGAAUGGCCCUCUAACUUUGGCUUCUGUACCUCGCUCCCAAUUUAUCGAGUCGUCCCAGACAUGGGAGUUCGUGCCUGGCUACACACUCCAACUCUCUUUCCGGAGCGACAGUCGAUCCCGCCAACAGCGUGAGUGGAGGAGAACAUUGCGUGUUAGCAGCAAGCAGAGCACGCCCCUGAACCUUGGUCUUGGUGAGAGUAUGCUGUGGCAGGCUGGCCGAGCCGUCCAGAAUGAACUUGACAUGAAGAAGGAGGACUUUGACAGAGAACACGAAUCAUAUGAUGGCUUCGAAGGCAUCUUUGACCCGCAGUACUUCGAGGAGGAUGUGCUGGAUAUUUCGUUACGCAUCAUGAACAACCUCGGCCCGGCAUACACCCACCUCAGCCGCUGCUUCCAAUCCAAACUGCGCCUAUUUUCACAUCCCCAAGGAGAAGAUUGCGCCGCAUUUCUCCGUAGUGUGCAGGCUCACUUCGUCGGCAUCCGAGACAAGCUCGACACGAGGAUCAAGGGCAUCAACGACUUCGACUUUAGGAUAUUAGAGCUCCGUGGACGCGGAUGGGAGGAGAAGAACUCCGCGAGGUUCACCAUCGACGGGACAGAGUCCUUCUCCCGCCAAAGCGUGCAGGCGAUGCUUGACCGCAUCCACACGUCCAUCGUGGACAUUCUCCACGGCCACGACAUCGCCAUCCACAUCGUCGCGCACAAGCGCGGCCAUCUCAUCCUGGACAAGGCCCUUGUUGCUCACGAGGAGGAGCACAUCGGCAGGCAGCUCGUGCUGUCCCCGGAGCAGCAGAAGGAGAUUUUCCAUUGUCGGUUGCGGGCUAAGAUCCAGGCCGCCUUGGACUGUCUCUGCAGGGACACUCUGUCGAUAGACGACAUCCCGGAGGACAUUGUCUUGGAGGUGGAGAGCGAGCCGGCUGUCAUCGAGCUGGAGACCGAGGACCACGAGAGCUCGCCAGCAGAGGCGGUGACACCUCCAUCUCCGAACUCGUUCAUCAUCGACGGCCAUAGAGUGUUCCCGUUGAUACCUGCGAAGUACGAGGAGCAUAUACGCCUGAGUAGUGCUGCUACCUCUGUUAGAAACUCGGUGCUGGAUUUGGAAGAGACUGUGACCAAUGCAGUGGAUUCCGAGAUCGUUGACCAGAAACAUCUCGACAGGCCCGCCGCACGUGCGGCAGAGGAAGCUACCGAGACCGUUAGUGAACCGAAUCACACAGAUCUUGUCAUCCAGGACAAGGACGAAGAAGAAGAAGUCAUAGAGGCUCCAUCGGACUUUAGUAUCAGUGAGGCCGAAGAAGAAAUCUCCGAGGUCCAUGAGCCAGCACUCUCUACGCAAGAAUCGACGAAUGAGGAAUCCACUUCAAGUCGACCAUCUACCCCAGGUCUGAGCUCUGGCGGCACGCCAUCGCCAAGAAACAGCCUUCUUUUUACCCCGACAUUCCUGCGGACUCUGUCGGGGACGCAGGAACCCUUGAUCACAGACUCGGACAUCAGCUCGGCGAUGCAGACGCCCGGCCCUAGCGUCGACGUGGAGAGGUUCAACUUCAACUUGGUGACGACCAAGAAAUCAAACGAGUCGCAGCUUCGAGACGGCAAUUACCCGACGCCACCAGAGUCCGAGGUGGCCUCUGUGGAUAUGGAGAGCCUACAUGAGCGCGAAGAGCCCGAGCACGACUCUGACGAGACGGAGAAGGCAACGACGACGCUCAUUGAGGACGCAAGCAUCAGUGGCAUGUCUGAUUUGUCCAGCUUCUCUGACGAGCGGAGCGAGUCUGCGCUGGACGUUCCCGAGACAGUCUCCAAUACGGAGUUUGACCAAUCGGUUGAAGGGUCUGCAGAGACGUCCGAAACUGCUUCGGCUGCGGAGUUAGAAGAGCCAUCGCAGCCCGAACCCGACAACGAGAUAUGCGACUCUCGGCUUUCCGCAGACGACCAGGAGCCGGAUGCCCGAGACAUUGAGGACUUUGAGGACUCGACUGAGCCCGAAACCGAGCAUGUUGAACGUGUCGAGGAGCUGCAAUUGGUUGAUGAUGUCCGCUCGGAGUUAUCUGAAGCGAUGUUCUCCGAACCCGAGACUGCGACGGACUUGGAAUGCGCAGCAGACGUUGAGGCCAGACCGGCUAGCCCGGUUUUGCUGCAGGAAGACGUUGAUAUCGAUAACGUCUCGGAGAUCUCUUUGGCAAUUGAACCCGCAGGCGCUGAUGAUUCGCUAAGUGAGCUGACGGAACCGAGCAUCGUUCCGGAGCUGCAUGCGUCUUCAGAAGCGGUAGAGGAGCAAGAGGAGCAAGAAUAUCAAUCAUUCCCGGAGCUCUUGGACUUUGAUGGGCCGGUAGAGUUUGUGGAGGAUCCUUCCAGGUCAAAGGUCGACUUCUUCGAGGAUGAUGAGGACUCGGAGGCUGAUAUUGGGACGGAGCCUGAGACGCUGCCUUUGUCUGACAAACCACAGGAUCUGAAUACCAAAACCGACGUGCAAGAACUGGAGGCAGAACCUGAAACCCUGUCCUUGCCUGGAGAGCAGCUCGAGCUGUUCAGCGAAGAAUUUCUGACAGAAGCACCAGCUUCGCGCGAAUCGGCCGAGGCCACCAGUGGUGAAUCCCAAGACAUUGAACCAUUGAACACACUGGAACUCUCCGAAACCGAAGCGAAUGACAAAAUGCCGGAUGUUUUCGAGGUACAGCUGACAGAGACCAUCGUCCCGGAGCUGCCAAACGAUGAUAAACCCGACGUAGACGAGAUAGUUUCGGCCGGAGAGCCUCCUGCGGACAAUCAUCUGGAUGACAGUGUCGGGGAUGUGAAGUCCGAUGACACAUUGGCUCCGACGUCCGUGUCGGCCGAAAUCAUCGAGACUUUGUCCGAAGUUUCACUACCAGCCAUGGUAUGUGAUGCAUCAUCUUUGGUCAACGAAGCUGUUGUGGAGGCCGCUAUCCCCUCGUCGGAGUCAGCGUCGAUAAUUGCGCCCGAAUUGGAGACUGUGGUGCAAUCAGAGAGCGACGUCGUCGAAAGUGCAACAAUCCCGCCGCCGCCUCAAUCACAGCUACUGCCGCCACUCGCCACGCCUUCAUGUCGUAGCAGCGUUUCCUCAUGGGAGGACUAUGAGUCCGCCAUAAGAACGUCCAAGGACUCAGUCGAUACAAUCGUCAAUCCGGACGACCCGGUGCUAUUCCCGCCACCAGGGGCGGACAGCCGCUUCAGUAGGCCUACUACCGGCUACCUCGGACUGCACGAGGAGCAUCUGGUGGAGGUUGGUCUGCGCGGUGCCCUUGUCGGACCAAACCGCGGCUUCGAGGUCUACUCCGACUCGCGACCCGCAACGGCCCCGUCUGUCCCGUCGUCGCCGAACAAGGUGUCUCGCGUGCUGCGGCUUCGUAAGCGGAGCAAUUCGGCAUUCAAGUCUAUCGUCAAGUCGCCCAAGUCGAAGAAGGGCAAAGCAGUAUCUAAGAUCCCUAAUGUUCAGACCGAGAACGGUCCUCGGUCCUCGGGUGAGCAUGAGAAGGAGAACGAGCAGGAGAAUGAGAAGGGGGUGCUACCACGGAUGAUGAUGCUGUUCGCAGGCAUGGCGAUCGCAUCGCAGGUGGUAAACAAGUCCCGUUAA